UGGUAAAGGCAUCUCUUCCAUCGAUAUCUGUUUAUCAUCGCCCGUGUGAGCUCAGCUCUUUGAACGAAGCAGCUGCGUAGACAGCGUUACGGCGACGCGUCGUGUUUUCACCGCUCUACGGAAAAGGAACGCGCUGCGCGUUUGAGUCCGUUCUCCGACAAAAGAGGCCGCAACAGGGUGCGCGCCGCCGAGAAAAAGAUGGCCACCAUGUCGCAAACGAAAGUGCACACCUCCGAAGGAUCGGAGACCGAGGCUCCCAGCGGCGCCCGCGUCGUGCUGAAGCUGAGAAAGCCGGCUUCCAGGAACCGGCCCCACGUCGCCUGGACCGAGGGCACCGUCGACAACGAGCACAUGAACCGUCGCAAGUCGAAGUGUUGUUGCGUGUACGUCAAGCCGCACAAGUUCAACGAGAGCUCGAGCGAGAGCGAGGACGAAGAAUGCGAGAACUGCCGCGGCCACGUCGAGCGCAGGCGGAGGAACAAGGAGCCGGCGGCGCCCGCUGGCACCGUUACGACGGCUUCCGCGGAGUCGACGGCCGAAGAGGUGGCGGGCGCUCCGCCGGCCUCCAGACGCCACGUCGCCUGGGCCGCCGACACGGUCGACAACGAGAACAUGAACAAGCGCAAGUCCAAGUGCUGCUGCAUCUUUGAGAAGAGGCACGAGUUCGGCGAGAGCUCGUCGGACAGCGAGGCGGACGACUGCCCCAACUGCCGCGGCCACAAGGAGGUCAGAUCCAAGAAGAACGCGAACGACGCCGCCGAGCCUCUGCUGGCGAGCCAGUUCAUGGUUCACGGCGACGCCUCUUAAAGUGCCGUCGUUUCGUACACAAACUCGCAGUGGUGCCCGUUUCAGCCCAGUUCCUUUGCUGGAGUCGAAGGAGAGAGACGUUCAUCCCAAAGACACCCGCUUGCCCGAUGCAUCCUUAUGGCGACCGGCAGUGAAAAAAAAAAAAAUUAAAUUAGGUGGCCGCGUGUACGUGCCAUAACUCUGUCGUCUGAGAAGUCAGAGGUACCCAUAAUUGACAUAUAGCUGAGAAAUGACAGGGCUCACGAGUAGACAGGGCUCACGAGUUUAUUCAUGGUACUGCGCCUCUGACCCAGGAAACUCAUGGCAAAGAGUUGUUUCUGAAUUCAUUUUCUUACUAGCCUAGUGGUGCAGAGGGUAGAAAAGGUCAUUAAGUGGCUGUGCACAAAAGCCUGCUUCAAGUUUAUAGAUGCAUUUUAAGCUUACUUGCUUUGUUAGGCAAUUUACCACCUCUUAGCCAAGUGCUGGGCAAUAUGCAUUCUUCAUUUCGUAAACAUUUCAUUGUUUUGCAUUGUUGGGCUGUUGAUGAUGUUGCAGUGCAUAUUAGCCCUAAGUCUGUGAUAAUUGUGUUGCACAGUCUGUGAGCAAUUAUUUGUUGAGCUGUGGUGCUUAUUAUCAAUCAGACAUAAUUGCACCUGAAGUGGGAAAGAUGAAAAAUGCUGGAGUGCCUGCUUCCCAUGAGCAAGACAGCUGCAAUUGUGUUGAAAGACAUCACUGCAAGAAAAAAAAAAAAAAUGAUCGUGGCUGCCAUAAACUGUCUGUACAAAUGUUGUUGCCAAUAAAGGACGGACUGAA